AUGACUUCCAUUGAUGUGCUCUCAAUGCCCUUGCUCCCAGGCUAUACGCGUCAUGCGCAAGAUCCCUGCCAAACCCUUCCAAGAGACGUCAAAGCGCGCAUUCGCGCCAUACAGCAAAAGUUUCCAGGUCUACGACGUCCAAAGAGUAAAGUCCCUUCGUCUGAAGCAAACGCUGUAAGUGUACGCAUACCCAUCUAUUGCUGCGAGGAUCAGCUUCUCACGGCUGAACAACUCGAGCAGCUAGGAUUGCCAACUGUUACUUCCUCUGGCCAGCUCAUCGACUACCAGAUCCUGCCGAUAGACCGACUCGAUGAUGAAGAAUUGCCGGCGUAUUUGCCGCGACAGCGAAAGCCCGGCUUCAAAGGCUGGCUGCAACAUCAGUAUCGGCGGCGAGAACUUGUUCGAGCAGAUGGGACGAUCCUAUGGGAUGAGGUAUUUGGCUUGUGUGUGGUAGUUUUCUUUACUGCCGUUGUCGUCGUUGCUGCUGCAGUUGUCUUGGCUGCUCUUAUCUAG